AUGCAAGCCCUCCGCCCCACAACCCUCUCCUCCUCCCAAACCCCUUCCCCGCAAUAUGUCCGCCCCGGCGACUCUGUCGACAACGCUCCGAGAUAUUCGAGGCCCAUCCCGCCUUCCUGGGCGCAGCAGCCGGGCUGGAAACCGAAAGGCAAGGGACCGAUGAGCACGAGGCAUGGGCUGGAUGAGCUUGAUUUGAGGAAUACGGUCUAUAAUACGAAUAUACCGUAUGAAGAGCCGGUUGGGAGUUCGACUGCUCCUUCAAUGCCUUUUUCGAAGCCUUCGAGCACGCCGACAUCGAACGGCUCGUCAGCAAACCUCCAAAGUCCGAGGUCGGACCCUCCCACAGCCCCCCAAACACGCGCCAUCCCAACCCAACCCACCCCGCCUCCAGCCCCACCCGCAACAUCUUCCUCCUACGCCCCACCGCCCAUGAGAGAACCUACCCCGCCCCCACCAGAGCCCGAACCAAGCGACCUCUACCGCGCGUACUCGCACCUCAAAAACCUCUCCUCCCGCCCUGAAAACUACUCGAACCCUGCUCUGAGCGGGGUGUACGGUUCGAGUGUGGGGGUGACGCUGCCGAGUACGAGUGGGGGCCAGGCGGGUAAUGUGAGGGUUGUCAAUGUACCCCGCGUGCCCGGGCAGGGUGUCGGUGCCGGGCAAGGGACAGGGACAGGGCAAGGGGGGUCGGUGUGGGAGCAGAAGAUUGGAUUUGAAAAACCUAUGAAGAUGUGGGAUGAACCCGAGACGAUGAAAGGCAUCUGGGAGCAGUGGCUCGAGUCGCAUAUCGAAGAUGUGGAUGAUGAAAUCGCACAAUGGACGGCCAACAUCGGGCGGAAUCUGUCUUCGGUGAGAGAGACGUAUCAUCGGCAGGAUGAAGCGUGGGGCGACGCCGCUUCAGCGCUGAAUGAUACGCUGAAAAGCAUGUCGACAUACGACCCCAGAAACCCUGCGGUGCAGGGUAUGAAACAAGGUCUCGCAGAUGUCAUGGGGAGUAUGAAUGGCUUGAAGAGUGAGAUGGAUAAGGGGCGAACGGCGACGUUUGAAUGGCUGCAUAAGAGUCAUCUGGAGCGGUAUAAGGCGGCGCAGAGGGGGAGGGUGUAUGGAGAUUAUCUGGUUGAUACGGAGAGGGGUGAUUUGGAGUUUGAGGAGGCGGAGGAGAUUUGGAAGAAGGAGAAGAAGGCUGCUUUUAGGAGUGAUCCGUCUGGUCAGAGAGAAGAGUCGCCGUUCGAUCAAUACAUGUCAUCCCGCACGGGCACGUCUCCAUCAUCCGUCCACCCUUCCAUCGUCGCUUCUCACCUAGCCACCUUGUUCAGCCAAAAUCCUCUACUACACCGCAGAGCGCAGAUGGACCCGGAGAUGAUGAAGCGGUUGUAUGAUGAUGUUGCACAGACGUUGGAGGGGCAGCAGGAGGAUGACGAGAGUACUGAAGAGGAGAUGGGGGGUUGGUUUGCACAGCAACGUCAGCCGUCUGGUCAAUCUUUUCCUAGCAACAAUGGGGCAAGUAGAUUCGGGCAGGGACAGACUUCGUUUGGUAGUCAUCCUCAAGCUUUUUUCAGAGGGCCUGGGGUAUCGUUUGCACAGCCACAGACGCAGCAGCAGUCCCCGUUCAACCGCUUCCGACCGCCUUCUCCAGAAAUGCCACCCCCGGGCCGUAGCGCGCCUUCCCCAGGCAACGUCUCUCAAGAGACUAUUAGCGUUCUGCAAGAAGUUUUACGAACCAACCCUCAGCUCCGAACUGCUGCUUCUCAAAAUCCCGAGAUAUUGAGGAAUUUGGUGAGUCAGAUUGAGAGUCAGACGGGCUCGCGUCAGCAACAGACGACCCCUGGACCUUCUCAAACGUCUUCUUUUGGUUUCCCGGAUAGUCAGUUCGGUAGAACACAGCCCACGCGGCCUCAACAGCAGAACUUCAACUCCGCUUUCCCGGGUGGCAGGUUCGCACAGCCUGAAGAGCCGUACUUUGAGCCACAAUCGAAACCGUCUUUCGGGUCGAAUCCGUCUUUCGGAUCACAGCCGUCAUUUGGGAGCCAGUCGCAACAUCAGUCACAAUAUAACAGCGGCUUCCAACCUAGUGCUUCUUCCGGAAACCCGCCUCCCCAAAGCAAACCUCAGCAGACGCAAUCGAAAGCUUGGACCUACAUCGGCCGUGCUGCUACCCUCAUAAAUCAAAUGAUGCAAAACAACCCUCGAAUGCAAGAUACGGCUCGGAAGAAUCCGAGCGUUGUGGAGACUUUGGUGCAUGAGUUGGCUUCAAAGUUUGCUAGGGAGGCGUCUCAGGGUGAAGAAUCGCAACAAGAUGAGCCACCAGGCAGGUACGCCCAGCCUCCUUCGACGUCGUCUUUCGGUGGUUUUAGUCGUCCUCAAACCACUCCACAAUCUCAGUCGUCGUUCAAUGACUUUGCUAGCUCAACGCCAUCCUAUGCCCAAGGAGGGGCGGGUCGUCAUUAUACGGAUGAAGCAUCUGAAAAACCUCCUACAUCCCGCUUCGGAUCGUUCUUCGGUCGUCGCCCUGCUGCUCAGCAACCACCACCAGCGCAAACGAGACCCCAAACGCCAUCCAGCUCUUUCGGUGGUCCUCAAUCUGGUCCUUCUCAGUUCCAGCCUCAGUCGCAGACGCAGUCUCAGUACUCGAAACCUAGCUUCAACAGUUCGGGCUUUACUGGAAGCACGGCCGGGCCACAGCAGUUUAGAUCUAUGGGCGGACCAUCAGUGGGGAGAGGAGGAGGGGUGUGGGGAAGCAAGGCGUGA